AUGACAUUGGAUAAAGAUAAUGACCAAAUAAUAGAACAACCAGACUCAUUAGAUAUUAAACAACCAGAAAAUAUUGAGGAAUAUCAUCUUAUUAAACCAUUUAGUUUUCUAGUUAAUGAUUUAAAUGAUGAUUCACAUAAAGUAUUAUUAAUAUUAAAUCAAUUUAUUAAUGUCGAUCUAAUAUCAAUUUGGAAUCAUUGUACAUUAAGAUUAUGCGCAGAUGCUGGUGCGAAUAGACUAUUUCAUUAUUUUUCAUCCGAUGAAGAAAGAUCAAAAUAUAUACCAGAUUAUAUUGUUGGUGAUUUCGAUUCAAUUGAUCCUGAAACAAAAUCCUAUUAUGAAAAGAAAGGAUCUAGAAUAAUUUAUCAAUCAAGUCAAUAUUCAAACGAUUUUAUGAAAUGUGUAUAUACAAUUCAAAUACAUUAUCAAUACCAGAAAAAUCCAUGGCCCGAAAUUGAAGAAGAAAAAGGUGUUGAAACACUUUGGAAAAGUGAAAAACAAAAGCAUAAUGAAGAGAUUAAAAUAUUUGUUCUUAAUGCAAUUGGUGGACGAUUUGAUCAAACUAUUCAAUCAAUUAACCAGAUAUAUAUCCUUCAUAAAACAGAUUUAAAUUUAAGUAUAAUUUUCAUUACGAUAAAUGACAUAAUAUUUUUAUUAUAUAAAGGUAAAAAUUAUAUAAAGUAUGAUUCAAAAUCUGUAUUUAAUAAGAAUAUUCAACCUACUUGUGGAUUACUUCCACUCGGUGAUAAACCUGUGAUUUUAAAUACUUGGGGUUUAAAAUGGGAUGUAAGAAAUUGGAAUACUAAAAUGACUGGUAAAGUUAGCUCGUCUAAUCGAAUUAGUGGUGAUACUGGAUUUAUAGUUGAUGCUUCUGAUGAUAUUGUAAUGAAUAUAGAACUCGAUACAUGA